UCUUCUAUACCGAGUUCUCCCUCUCUCUCUCUAGCGUUAAGAUCGCACCUAUGGGCAAACGAAGGGCUCACCGCGCGUAUCCCGGCGGCAGAAAGCGCUUCUUUCGGAAGAUGAUAAGGGAUCUCAACUCUACAGGCGAAUUUGAUCCAUCUGUUUUCCCGCCUCCGCGACUCAGCCCCUUGCCCUCCCCCAGAGAGGUGGACGAGGCCCUGAGUUGCGACGUCUCGCCUAUCCAGGAAACCGCCGGAACCCUAGAGGACUACUCGCUCGGAUCCCCGCGCACCGCAAACGUAGUCGUCUCCGGAAAAGUCCCAGCCAGGGACGAUAGAGCUGACGGGAGGCCGCGGGCUAGAACGGCCAAAAUAUCCCCUGACCCCGCGCCGAUUCGGGUCCCGACCAGGCCGUUGCCUCUCAGGGCGACCACACUAAAACCGGGCACCCCCAGUCUCGCACGAAGAGGUCCCCGAAUCAUCGGAGACAUCAUGGUCCCCUUUAAAGUCAAGAGGACUCCAUCGGGUUACCUCAUUUCUCAUGUAACUCGCACCUAAGACAUGUGCCUCAACCAUCAAUGUACAUACAGUAAAUACAUACACACUUAUAUUCAACCAUUACUCGCUCUGUCAUUCAUUUAAUCCCACGCCAAGCUCGAGCACGCACGCUACUACUCCAGUAGCGUUAAUAAAACGCUACUACAUUUCCUAAACCUACUCAUAAAUCACCUAAUAAUAUAUCUUCCUACA